UUGGCCGCCUCCCGGGGCGGUUUGGGGCGGGCGCAGGCGCGGUGCUGUUAUUGUUCCGUUGUGCGGCGCCGCGGCCCCUGUUACCGGCGGCGCUCCCUGUCCGCGCUACGGCCCCGCCAUGCCGAUCAACAAGCCUGAGAAGCCGGACAGGCCAGAGAGCUGCGAUAAUGUCAAGGUGGUUGUUCGGUGCCGGCCCCUUAAUGAGCGAGAGAAAGCGACGGGGUACAAAAUGGCAGUCAACGUGGAUGAGAUGAGAGGAACCAUCACAGUCCACAAAACAGACUCGUCCAAUGAACCUCCCAAGACAUUCACAUUUGACACUGUUUUUGGACCGGAGAGCAAGCAGCUGGAUGUCUAUAACCUAACUGCAAGACCUAUUAUCGACUCCGUCUUGGAAGGCUACAAUGGCACCAUUUUUGCAUAUGGGCAGACUGGAACAGGCAAAACCUUUACCAUGGAAGGGGUCAGAGCAGUUCCUGAGCUUAGAGGCAUCAUUCCAAAUUCCUUUGCCCACAUAUUUGGUCACAUUGCCAAAGCAGAGGGGGAUACGAGGUUUUUAGUUCGUGUGUCUUACCUGGAAAUUUACAAUGAAGAAGUGCGGGACCUGCUAGGAAAAGACCAGUCACAGAGACUAGAGGUUAAAGAGAGACCUGAUGUGGGAGUUUAUAUCAAAGACCUUUCAGCUUAUGUCGUAAACAAUGCAGAUGAUAUGGACAGAAUCAUGACUCUGGGCCACAAGAACCGUUCUGUUGGUGCCACGAACAUGAAUGAGCACAGCUCUCGCUCACACGCCAUCUUUACGAUCACCAUAGAGUGCAGUGAGAAGGGAGUUGAUGGAAACAUGCAUGUGCGCAUGGGCAAACUGCACCUUGUGGAUCUUGCUGGUUCUGAAAGACAAGCAAAAACUGGAGCAACGGGGCAGCGACUGAAGGAAGCUACUAAGAUCAACCUCUCUCUUUCUACACUGGGAAAUGUCAUCUCAGCACUGGUGGAUGGCAAGAGCACUCACGUGCCCUACCGUAACUCCAAACUGACACGACUCCUUCAGGAUUCCCUGGGGGGCAACUCCAAAACCAUGAUGUGUGCAAACAUUGGUCCAGCUGACUACAAUUACGAUGAGACCAUCAGCACUCUCAGAUACGCAAACCGAGCCAAGAACAUUAAGAACAAGGCCAGGAUUAAUGAAGACCCCAAGGAUGCUUUGCUCCGUCAGUUUCAAAAAGAAAUUGAAGAGCUUAAGAAAAAACUGGAAGAAGGAGAAGAGAUAUCAGGUUCUGAGACAAGUUCUUCUGAAGAAGAGGAUGAAGACGAUGAUGCAGAGAUUGGAGAAGAUGGGGAGAAGCGGAAGAAACGGCGGGAUCAAGCAGGCAAAAAGAAAGUUUCCCCUGAUAAGAUGGUAGAGAUGCAAGCGAAGAUUGAAGAGGAGAGAAAAGCUCUUGAAACUAAGCUUGAUAUGGAAGAAGAAGAAAGAAAUAAAGCCAGAGCUGAACUGGAGAAGAGAGAAAAAGAUUUGCUUAAAGCUCAACAAGAGCACCAGUCCCUGCUGGAGAAACUGUCUGCACUGGAGAAGAAGGUGAUUGUAGGAGGAGUGGACUUGCUGGCAAAAGCAGAAGAACAAGAGAAGCUUCUUGAAGAAUCAAAUAUGGAGCUGGAAGAGCGAAGGAGGAGGGCAGAGCAGCUUCGCAAGGAACUUGAGGAGAAGGAGCAAGAACGCUUGGACAUUGAGGAGAAGUAUACCAGCCUCCAAGAAGAAGCACAGGGGAAAACAAAAAAACUGAAGAAAGUUUGGACCAUGCUUAUGGCUGCAAAAUCAGAGAUGGCAGAUCUGCAACAAGAGCAUCAGAGAGAGAUUGAAGGCUUACUGGAGAAUAUUCGGCAGCUGAGCAGGGAACUUCGUCUUCAGAUGCUUAUCAUAGACAACUUCAUUCCUCAGGACUACCAGGAAAUGAUCGAGAACUAUGUUCACUGGAAUGAAGACAUUGGAGAAUGGCAGCUGAAAUGUGUUGCAUAUACAGGAAACAAUAUGAGGAAGCAGACUCCUGUCCUGGACAAGAAAGAAAAAGAUCCCUUUGAGGUGGACCUUUCCCAUGUUUACUUAGCUUACACUGAAGAAAGCUUGAGGCAAUCUCUGAUGAAGCUAGAGAGGCCGAGGACUUCAAAGGGAAGAUCCAGGCCCAAGACUGGUAGAAGAAAACGUUCUGCCAAGCCAGGCGCUGUCAUUGACUCUCUGCUGCAGUAGGUGUGACGUGUUCAGAAUUGCCGUAAAAAUCAGUGAGUGUGAAAGGUUUGGCCAGAAUAUGGAAUUUGAGAUGGCACGGUUUGAAGUGGCUAUAACAUCCAUGCCUUGCUGGUAUGGAGCUUGAAUUAAAAGAAUAUAUGUAUUUUUCCUUAGUCGCCUGUAUACUGUAUGUUAUAUUAACAUAAUAUUAAACCGGUAUAUUUUAUGGUUGUGGAAUUCCAUGUGUUAAACAAUGUGUUGUGCAGGGAACUAUUGUUGGUAAUCCUCCUUGAAAUGUAUAGGAAAAUAAGGAUUGUAGAUGUGUUCAAGUACUAGACGUAAUAGCUCAAAAUGGGUUGAUGAAAUCCUAAAACUUAAUGCUGGUAAAUCCGUGUCCUGCUUUGCACAUAACUGGCAGCUUUCACUGUUGUCUUCUGUUGCACUGAUCUGUUUGAAUGCGGUUGCUGCAAACCUUUGAGUUAAGAGCAUCAAACCCUUUCCUUUAAAUAUUUCACUGUAGUUAUUCAGCUGCUCAUGCUGUGUAUUCGACGCACAGCUCUCUUCUCUUCGUUCGCAGUCUUCCUGUACAAAAUGUAGUUGGGUAGAGGAGAACUUAGAACUACAUAAGUCUGAGGUUUGUGGGAAGGGACCAUGCUCUGUUCGAGCGCAACACUAGUAGUCUAAGUAAUGCUUUGAUUUUUGUCUAUUUGUGUGAUCUGCUGGCAGCGUGGAGAGUGAGGUCUGAUGCACAGAUAAGAGAACUUUUUUCCUCCUCUUCAGGCUGCGUUGCAGCGUUGCUUUGGCUGCUUUUUCUGCUUCUGAGCUGGAGGUUGUUCUAAUUGAUGUGAAUUGUUUUGUUGUGAUCUGGGCAGCACAGGCUGUUUAAGGGGAAGGCUUUAAUGCUGGAGGGACUGAACACUAUGGCUCCAUUUGUCUCACUCCUGGCCACAACUGAGGAUGAAUUUCUCCUGUGUUACAAUAGGCAUGAAGUGCCCGGUUUUCCCAGUAUAGUAACAUCCCCUGAAAUAGCUGAUGCUGCUUGUGUCUGUGUGCUCCAUCUCCUAUCUGGCAAUGCUUUGAGGGAAAGAAAUCUGGUUCUGCUGCUAACCAUUGGUGCUGGCUGCUCUUUUUCUUUGAUAUUUGUGCUGCUAAUAGGUACUUAACACUGCAAUACAUUCCUUUUGUGUCACAAAAAGGUGCAUCUCCUUUGGGCUGUGUGCUGUAUUAACUCAUGCUGGAGCGUAGCAGUUGCAGGUAUCUUAGCAGUUCCCAUGUCAGUGUGGUGUUCAUUAGUUAUGGUUUUCAUAUAAUUGUAGUGUUAGCUAGAAUUACAAAAAGGCUGUGAUUAAUAACACAAAAAAAUGAAUACUUAAGCUGGACAUAAGGAGCAGGACAUCUCCUUGGGCGCCUCGUUCCUGACAGUAGCUGUGUCUGCAAUUACCAGAACACUCCUGUGAAGUAUUUACUGCAGUUAGAAGCUGCUAGCCUUUUCUUACUGUCCCAAUGUUUAACUGGAUGCACCUUGUGAAUCUGUGACAGCUCCAGGUGUGAGGGUUAAAAUUGCUCUCACAAGAGCAUAUUUUCUCUGGAGAUGCAUUCAGAGCAAUUUGAAAUGAGUUCUAAGCUUUCCCCUGUGCUUUCUCUGAAGUGUUUCUCAGGACCAUGACUCAGGAGGAGAACGUAGUCCUCUUCUUGGAGGGAGAGGUGAGGAGACCUGGCUUUGUCACCCGAAUUCAUACAAGCUGCAAAUGCCAACACUGGUAUUUUUUUCUAGUCCAGCAUUUGACAGGACGUAAAGAUCAGGAUUUUUGUCCGAUCUGAACUGGUUAGAUUUCUUCCUGAAGAGCUGACCUUAUUUUGAACGUGCUUCAGCUAAGGAUAUCUUGUCACAUUUGUGUGAGCUGAGACAGACUGAGAACGUCCCCAGUGCCAUUUUGUCUUAGGAACGGGCAGGGAUGUUCUGGUCCGAGCAGACAGGUCCAUUCUCAGAACCAGGGUGAAUGUUGCUUCCUUUUGCUUCAUGGCUUGCAGUGCUUCAUUCUGUUAAACAAUCUGCUUUUGAGAAUGCUUCUCCUGAACCCUACUCUAAAAAAAGCCCAUUGAACUCUUCACCUGGCAGACAGUCAACGCAUGAAAAAUGGGGCUGUGUGUCCUGACUCUGCGUUUACAACAUUUAAAAUCUAAUUACAGAGGGGUAUACUUGGGUUGAGUGAGUUCACGUUCUUUCUGCUGAAAACGAUAGUGCUCGGCGUACUGAAAAGAUCCUCGAGGCAGAGAAAAAACUUCAAAUAAAUAAUUGCUCAGCUUUAGAAUGAGCUGGGAGAAAUUGGUUGUGACUUCCUGUUACAGGGGCUUGUUUUGGAGAGCAAACUUUCUGCUCUUCGCAGCGGCCUUUGUUUUGACGGAGAACACAAUCUCCUUCGAGAUGAUCUGUCAGCUCGGCUCACCUUCUCACCGUGCUGUUUUGCUGAAGUUUUGGAAACUUCCUUUCAAAACAGAGCCCUGCUUGCAGGUUUGCUGUACAGGCCCUGUGCAGCUCUGGACAGGCUGCAGUUGUCAAAUGUCCCUAUACUGAGUCUUAAAGAGGGAGGGCUGGAGUUCAUGGCCAUGGAGCCAUCUUCAUUGCAGGCCGCUGCACGCCACGUACCAGUAACACAGACGUCGUGUGUUCAUUUUUUUGCAUCUUGUCACCAGAAGCUUCCCCUCAUUCCAGCAAAUUGCAUUGAGUGUCUCUGGCUGUACGUUGUUCAAUGCUGUGUAAAUGAAUCAUUUCAGAAUUAACUUGUUAUGGAACCUUUCUUCGGCUUCAAGGGAAGUGAAAAUGGUCCUUAGUGCCUUUCAGUAACUAACUCAGUCUGCACCCUGAGCUCUCACCUCUCUCAGCAGUUCUGCUUAGCCAGUUCUGUACAUAGGAAAAACUGCUUCUCUGUUUGUAUAACUCGUCUGCCUAUUUAUUGGUUAGCCAACUGUUUAUUUUAAUAUUCUUUAUGUUUAAACUUAAAUCCCUACACUGUACAUAUAAGUAUUGUGUCCCUGGAGCAUGUUCAUACCGUGAAAUAAAAUCGUUGAUUCCUA